GACAGCAGACGGGGAAGCCUUUCUCGGACAAAUGGCGUCUCUCCAGUGAGAAGCAGCUGAUUUCCCACUUCCCACCGAGAACAGCAGCAGGAACGGGUGAGAGGUAAACACACACCGCCCCCGGAUUUCCUUGCAACAAGAUACUCUGUUGCCUUCUGCUGGAUUUGCGUUGCGCGCUGUUCGCUGGAAAACGCGCAGCUGUGAAAAAGAGGAGAGUCAGCUGCAGUUUGUGCUUCCCCGCUGCUCCGUUUAUUUAUCCACAGCGUGUUUUUGCUUUUUCUUUCGGUAUUUGGUGGUUUUGCUUUCACUGGGGCCCAGAUUCAGGCGCUGUUGGAGACAGAAGCGGGUCAAAUGUUUCCACUUCGACGUUUCAGAGAUACAUAAUAAUAAACAUGGACAUCGCCCCGUCAGAGAUGUCCGCCUACGCCUGACUUGCUUCUGCGUUAAUCCAAUUCAGGAGAUCAUCUCUGCAACCCCUCCUGAGGUCACACCAUCGAGACGGCGUUAUCCCAGCAGGCCAGCUCUGUGGUGGUGAAGAUGACCACGGCACGGUACCGCCCUACGUGGGAGUUGGCUGUAGACCCUUUAGUUUCCUGUAAACUCUGCCUUGGAGAGUUCCCUCUGGAGCAGAUGACCACCAUCACGCAGUGCCAAUGUGUCUUCUGUACACUGUGCCUGAAGCAGUAUGUGGAGCUCCUGAUUAAAGAAGGCCUUGAAACUGCAAUUAGCUGUCCUGACUCUGCCUGUCCCAAAAGAGGACACUUGCAGGAAAAUGAGAUCGAGUGCAUGGUAGCCACGGAGAUGAUGCAGCGGUACAAAAAGCUCCAGUUUGAGAGGGAGGUUCUGCUGGACCCGUGCCGGACGUGGUGCCCGUCCUCGACCUGCCAGGCCGUCUGCCAGCUGAAGGAGUCCGACUCUCCGCCUUUGCCCCAGUUGGUCCAGUGUGCCGUCUGUGCCCUGGAGUUCUGCUCAGCCUGCAAGGCCAACUGGCAUCCCGGACAGGCGUGUCAGGAGAGCAACCUGCCCGUCGCCUCCUUCCUACCAGGAGAAAACAGCUCUUUUUUUAAGAACGAAGAAGACGAUGCACCUAUCAAACGUUGUCCUAAGUGUAAAGUGUACAUCGAGAGGGACGAAGGCUGUGCACAGAUGAUGUGCAAGAACUGCAAACACGCCUUCUGCUGGUACUGUCUGGAGUCCCUGGACGACGACUUUUUGUUGAUCCACUACGACAAAGGGCCCUGUCGGAAUAAACUGGGCCACUCCAGGGCCUCCGUUAUCUGGCACAGAACGCAGGUCGUAGGAAUAUUCGCUGGCUUUGGCCUGCUCCUGCUAGUCGCCUCCCCCUUCCUUCUCCUGGCCACUCCCAUCGUCCUCUGCUGCAAGUGCAAGUGCAGCAAAGGCGACGACGACCCGUUGCCUACCUAAACGUGGAUCCCAGUGAAACGGCGAGGCGAGUCGAGGAUGGUCCAUGACCUCUUUGUCCGUUUCGCCACGUUCCAUUCUCGUUUUCCUCCCACCAGCUUUGAAAAAGCUUCUUUUGGUUUUUCUUGGGUUGGGCCUUCAUCCGCUAGUUGCUUUGGAAUUCAUCGCUCUGCAUGAGGACGCCAGAAGAGACGGUCUAGAUGUUCCUCUGAAGGGAGGUCAGUGGUGAGCAAAAGCAAGACUUUUAAAGCGAACACCUGCGUCCGUGUUGGUACAACUUUGGUGGGUUUUUGGUACGUUCAACCUGUAUUUUGGUGAAAAACAUUAAGACACGCUUUCCUCUUGUACAGACACUCACACAGGAGCCACCUGAGGAUGAACUUUGACUUCUGCUUUUGUUGGUUUGACGUAAACACACACAUACCCUUAAAAAAGCUUUCUCUCCUUGUCACAUUCAUUGUAGCUCUACAGAAUCAGCCAGGCGCAUGUUGGGUGUUCACCCGAUUUGCACGCUGAGCGUGACUUCUCGGUCACAUCUGUAACUGAGGUAGAGCAGAGAGGCUGGCGUCGCUCUCGGCUCUGUGUACAGCACGUCCUCUUGAUGAUGUCAAUGUUUUAUAAUCUCGCGCUUUUAAUAGAACCGCUAAGAGUCGUGUCUGUGUUGUAUCUUACCGUCUUCUCCGGCAGACGUAUUAAAGAGGAACGCCACUCAAAUUUAGAUAUUAUUUUGUGUUAAAAUAACAAAGCUUUUCACUUCUGCAUAACUGUAGAAACAAGGUAAUUGAUUUAACAGUAAUAUGCAGAAAUGUCCAAAAUUGAGUGGCGCUCCCCUUUAAGUUUAGCAGCGGUUUUCUGUCUAUCAAAAGGACUUCGUCUCCACACGCUGCGGAUUGAUUUCAUUAGAAACGUCUCUCCUGUCGCUCUCACUCCUAAGGUGAAGGUUCAGCCAAAUAGAAAUGAUUAGCCUUAAGUACAGACGAGCCUACAUCAGGCAUCACAAGACUCAAAGCAUCAAAUCUUAAUAAACCCAGGGAAAGCUUGUGCUAAAGGCAUUACAGACGGUGAGUGAAGCCCUUUACCUUCAGAUGAUUCAAUGAUGUCACCCAUAAGCCGCUCUGUUCAUAGACAGUGUACAAAACCAGCUGUUGUGUUGUGCAUGGAUGUUCAAAGCCUCUCGGAGGUUAAGCUCAACCGUCAUUGAUCCAAAAUGUAAUCCCAUCGCUCCUGUUUAGAGACUUUUCAUGCAAACUUGCAUAUAUGUUAGUGCUCAGUGUUGUGUUGGGGGUUACACCUCCCAACUACAAGCAGCUCUUCCCUGCAGGGAUUCCUGAAAAGCCUAAAGGGUCCACUUAUAAAACGAAUGUUUCUAAAUUUGGGGCUCAUCAACACAAAGCUGCUCUGUACCAAUAACACCGUAUCUAUGCAAGUUUGUACAUCACCAUUAGUGUAAGGAGCUGUGUCAGAGAUUAGAUCAGGAUCAAAUGUGCUCAUGGCUUUAAUUUAAAGGAAAAUUCCCCCAUGUUUCCCUUUGUUUUUAGGUCCUUUAUGAUUGAUCUGGUUUAAAAUGAUUGUGUAAUGCGCUCUCGGAUGAGAUUUAUUUAAUUUGUGGAUUAAGCUAAGUAGAACUUGAUUAUUUGUAUUUAUCACCAACUUUUUAAUUUAACAAAUCGCUCGCUAGUCUAAAUUUUUCUUUAUUCUGGGUCUAAACUAAAAAUUCUUCCUUAGCUUCAUGUUUAAAUUUGAUGUUUAUGUUUUAAGAGGUUAAAUGCCCUUAAAGACAGUCUUUUCUUAUCUACUGUAGUUACAAUAUUUUCUCUAUUUAUCAAUAAAUACUUAACCUGAUUAUAAAGUUCUGUGCAAAACAUAAUUUAAAAAGAAAAGCGUCAUUUAAUCGUAUGAAUCAUUCAGACCUUUAAAUGAAGUAAUAUGGGGCUUGGUUGAAAACAGCCGUUUUCCUUUAAUCAGGGACCUUCUUCUGUAAAUCCCCGUUUGAUUUGCUUCCUACAACCUGUUGCUCUCUCACCCCUUAAGUUGGAAUUUUCUUAGAAUCUGGAUAGUUUUUAUUACUAUUAUUGUUUCUUUGUAAAUCAUUUAACAUCAUUUCUGUUAAGAAAAAAAUGGUUAAAGCAUCAUUUGAAGAAAAGUAAAUGUUAGUGCAUGUGAUAUAAGUCUGAGCGACAUGACUCAUCAUUUGUGAUUAAAAAGGUCUCCGCUAAGCUAUUCUAAUCUUUCUUUCCCAAAGUUACCCAGAUAGUCCUUUAUUCCUCUGCUUUUAUGACAAAAAUGUAAUUGAUUCAGCUUUUGGAUUUAAGAUGAUUAUCAGCAAUAGCCUUAAAUGUUGAAUUGUGUAUCUUUCAUGGACCUCUUCACCUGUAUGAUCCUUAGAUCUAAAGGUUCCCUUCCAAUGCUUUCAUUUUCUUUAUGACAAUCGUGCCAAACAAGGUUUUUUACCAAGUACACAGACCAUACAAAUAUAGAGUGGAAAAUGUGGUUUCUGUGUUUUGUUUGUUUGUUUGUUUGUUUGUUUUAUUCUUGGGCUACAUGGUAGCGCUGUUGCUUUGCAGCAAGAAGGUUGCAGGUUCACAUCCUGACUAUGGCCUUUCUGCGUGGAGUUUGCAUGUUCUCCCCAUGCAUGGGAGGGUAUCCUCCAGGUACUCUGGCUUCUUCCUACAGGCCAAAUACAUGCAUGUUUAGGUUAACUGGUGUUUCUAAAUUGUCCCUUUGGCGAGAGUGAAUGGUUGCGUGUCCUGUUUUGUCUCUGUGUGGUCCUUUGAUGGACUGGUGACCUCUUCAGGGUGUACCCCAACUCUCGCCCAAUGGCUGCUUGAGUUGAGCAUCAGCAGCUCCCCAUGACCUGACUGAGGGAAAAGCAGUUAGAUAUGUGGCGUUGAGCCUGCAGUUCUGAAUUCAGGAGCCAAAUAUCGUCGUAAAUCAAAAAGAAAAAGAACCAUAGUGCUAUCAAAAUGUUUUUACCUCCUUAUUUUGUUUUUGUGACACUUGAAUGAUCCAGAUCAGAAAGCAAAUGUUAAAACUGGACAAAGAUAGUCAAAAUUAAUAUGAAGUUCAAAUUUCAAACAAAAAAUUUCCAAUAAAAAUGAACUAUUCAAACAAACCUGGAUAUGUGAAUUACCUACUAGCCUUUUUUUCAUAAUCUGACCACAUGAAAUGGGCUAAACAAUCUCAAAAAGCUGUACAUCUUGCCCCAUUCAAGGCAUUGAAGCACAAAAGACUUCCGAGGUCUAAACCCCCUAGCCUGGCCAGCCAUACCAUUGCUUCCUUAUGGGAAGCAAAGGGUCUGGUACCUCUCCCAUUCAAAUAACCCCACCCCUUGAGAAUUCUAACCGAGCCAAUCAGCUUACGUCACACACCGUGACGCUCAGUUUCUCAUAAACAACAAAAAUGGCGUCUGAAGCGGAGUUCGUUGUGGCUCAUUCCUCUGUUCUAAAUGACUAAAACAAGGUUUUAAAAACCACAAAGAGAAGAAGCUCUAAAAACCUUUCCUCUAAAAAGUUUUUGCGCCAUUGCCAGACGCCAUCUUUGACUACAGCUAAAAAUGUACAGGGCCAACACAGUCGUCUUUUCUGCCUUUUUCCUGAUUGGUUAUUUUUGAGCUGGCUAGUCCCACCCUCUGCCUCUGAUUAUCCAGAGUUUUGUCCCCGUGGCACUGGGUAUAAAACUAACACUGCUUUUUCAGCUACAUAAUCAUAUCAGCAGUAAAGCACGGUGGUGGUAGUGUGAUUGUCUGGGACUGCUUUGCUUUAUUGAUCCCACAGUGAGGAAAUGCACUUGUUACAGCAGCACCAACACCUCCGAGAAUAAUUUGAAGAAAAAUAAUAACAAAGGUUCGUGUAAAUACACAUAGGCAGUAGUCUAGAACUGUAACCUUCAAACACUAAAAACCACAAAUAUAAAAGUAAAAAACUUGGGUUCCAGCACUAUGCAGCAUACUGCAAGUGACACAGACAUACUUUGUAUGGUACUGAACGAGUACUGAACACAUGAUAAAUAUUGCAUUGGUGUUAUUGUGUAACAGGAUAAUGCCAGUACCAGUUAAGCUGAGGAGUUAUACGCUCUUACUGCAGAGGGGAUGAAUGACCUACGGUAGCGUUCUGUUCCCUCUCCGUUCAUUGUCACGUAUCAAUGAAAAGCUCAGGUCUAAAUUGUCCAAAGUUAUAACCAAAGCCGUUUGUAAUGAGCGUCGUUCCUGAUUCACUGCCAUGGUUCCUUUGCUCUGUCACAGCUCUGCUUUGCCGUAAAGGUGCUAAGCCCACCCAACGUCUCUUUACAAUCAGAGUGCUGAAACCGACCCGGCCUACUCUCAUCUAAGCCAGUGAUGGACCGGCUGAGGCUACAAUGGAGCGUGGCUAGACCAAACGUUGCUUCUGCUACGGUUUGUCUAGAUUUCUAGGCUAGGAAAACUGUCCAGUUUGCUGAAUUAAACCAAUUCUGGAAAGAGGAGUGGAACAAAACCCUCCGCAGUGAUUCACCACCAGUUAUUACGAAUGCUUGGUUGCUGUUAUUGCCACCAAAGCCACCAGUUAUUAGGUUUAUUUUUUACAUAUAUCCAGGUUGAUUGGAUAGUAAUUUUAUCUGAAUAAAUGAAAUUGUCAUUUAAAAACAGCUUUUUGUCUUCACUCAGGUUGUUGCUUUGCUGAUCUGAAACAUUUAAGUCUAACAAACAAAACAAAUCAACAGAAUAAAAGUGAAUCUGAAGAAAGUUUGAAGCUUCCAUCAGGCACAAACUGACUUCCAUGUUUCUCCACGUUUUUCUUGCCCUGUUUGCCGACACCUUUAAACGAAUCGAUUCUUUAUUAUGCAACAGAAUAAGAACCGAGCAGCCUACGCUACGAUCACUGCUACUGCAUAAUUACUUGUUUAUGAGGGCUUAAUAAAUAAUGAAGGCCUACCAAGUAUACGGCCUUCACACCGAUUAAUCAUCUGCACACACGUUCAUGUGCAGGAUCUGCAUUUAAGUAUUGAGAAAGCUAAAGUUUAUUUCACCAAAGCUCGAGGUGUACUCUACAGAUGACUUUUGGUUAAGAGCAGCUUUUAUAUUUUAGACUUUUAACGCGUCAAGAGAUGAAGCUGCAUGAUUUUUCUCUGACCUAUACAUGUUAAAUAUUCCGAUAUUGUAGCCUUUAAAUAUUUCUGGAUUUGUAGCAUCGACGAGCUCAUCAAUCAGCUGUCUGUUUAGUUCACGUUCUCUUUUUUUUCCGGAUUGUAUUUUUAUGUUACGGCCUGUUAUUUACGAUGUCGGUCCAUCUUGUAUCUGGAAUAUUGGGUUCACGUGUCUCUCCCUUCUGUUUUGUUGGUUUUUUUAUUUUUUUAAACUGCACCUGUUACAUCAUCAUUGACACAUCUGUAUUAUCUGUUAAUGAACUUAUUAUGAAUUAGUGUUAAUUAUCAAAAAGUGAGAAAAAUAGUUUGAUUUUGGUCCGGUGAUGACAGAUUAUAAUUCUGUACAACUCGCAUCUCUUUUUAUCUCCAUUUCACUAACACUGUGACAUCAGGUAUUAAAGGUUGUUGUUUUUGUGA